AAUCCUGUAUUUCACAUGGGGCUAGCGGGAGUUCUCAUCCACUUGCGUAAACGCUGCUGCAGAGUGGUGGUUGACAGUCUCAGGCGACAAGAGGAAAACAAGACAGCAGUUUUUUUUCCUUCUCUUCUUUACUAAAGGCGUAUCACUGGUGGAUGCCACCAUGAAGCAGAAAACAUAAGUUGAGCAUUUAUAAGGACGCUGCCACUUGUACUUCACUGAAGAUAUUCAUCGGUGGGAUGAAGAACUGAAGUCUUAAAGAGAGUUUGUGCCAACAUGUCUAAACCAAUGGAUCACGUCAAACGCCCGAUGAACGCUUUCAUGGUUUGGUCCAGAGCCCAGCGCAGAAAAAUGGCUCAGGAGAACCCGAAAAUGCAUAACUCCGAGAUCAGCAAGAGAUUAGGAGCAGAGUGGAAACUUCUCACCGAGUCUGAGAAAAGGCCAUUCAUCGACGAAGCCAAACGACUGCGAGCGAUGCACAUGAAGGAACACCCAGACUAUAAAUACAGACCGAGGCGGAAGCCCAAGACUCUGAUGAAAAAAGAUAAGUUUUCCUUCCCUGUGCCCUACAAUCUCGGGGAGCACGACGCACUCAAAGUUAACGGGCUUUCCGCGGGAGCACUUUCCGAGUCCAUCAUGGGGCACCCUGACAAGGCAGCCGCGGCUGCGGCGGCUGCAGCUGCCAGGGUAUUCUUCAACCCGUCCAUGUCGAACCCCUACUCCUUUUUCGACCUAGGAUCCAAGAUGACUGAGCUUUCCCCACCUUCGUUUUCGUACGCGUCUCCGUUGGGCUACCCGCCGGGAGGCGCCACGGCUUUCACCGGGACUGGUGGCGGGACGCACACCCACACUCACUCACACCCGUCCCCGGGAAACCCAGGCUACAUGAUUCCUUGUAACUGUACGGGCUGGCCCUCAGCAGGACUCCAGCCGCCCUUAGCAUACAUCCUGCUCCCCGGGAUGGGAAAACCUCAACUUGAACCGUACCCUGCAUAUGCUGCAGCAUUAUGAUAAGGCCCGCUUUGGACUUCUGAGAAAAUGAAAUGUGAAAAAAAGCUAUUCAUGCAAGAGUUUUAUUAUGCAUGCACAAACUUGUACAUGUGAUGAAGUGCUCGUCGUCUCAGAUAUCACAUGUGUAUGUAUAUUGAUUAAUGCCUUUAUCUAAGGUACUGCUUAUUUAGAGAACUCUCUAAUCUAUUAUUAGCCAUCACCUCUCACAGCCCAGAGCAGAGGGAAAGAACUCAGUGAUGGCAGAAAUGCACACAUUUGAGAGGAAAUGGUAUCAGAGCAUUUUGUAAAAACAAAACAAAACAAAAAAACAUUUUGAAUUCGAUUUCUAUCUUUUGCAAGUUGCACCUGCUUUGACUAUAACCUGUUGGAGUCCAGGGCAGCAUAUUCAAUGACCAUAUUAAUCACAGGUUUUUUUCUCUCAGAUACGUUAUUGUAGGCUAAUGGGUUGUAAUUCAUGAAUCAAGGAGGAUUUGUCACGUGUCCCCUCUUGAAUGACUGUAAAUGUGUACAGAUAAAAAUGACUCUUAUUUGCCGUUAUAGGCUUAGUGUUUGAGAUAGGGCCAGGAACCUACGUAUUUCACUAGAAAUGCGGUGUAUAUUUUGAGUUUUUAAACCGUUUUAUAGAUGUCUGUAAUAUUUAUUGUUUAGUGGAAUCUAUGGUGACCCAGACAAUUUUAAAAAGGACAAGACUAGUUCUGUUAUAUUUGCACAUGAAACGUAGAGGAUGUAGGCUAAUUUAUUUUGAAGGUGAUAUUGCAUUUCAGUGGGCUUGAUGUAUCAAACCGUUUCUCCCUCCAAACAGUUAAAAAAAGUAAACAUUUAAAUGCAGGUGGAAGUUUAUUCAAGGAGUUUAUCAUUUGUUGAUCCCUCAUCCUCCCACUCCUCGUAUCAUGUGCAGCAGAAAAAAAACGUUUUUAACUAACUCUUAUGGAAUUUGUAUGUUUUGUGUUUUCUUUAACCUCCGUUAUGUACUUCAAUCUAUUGCUACUCUUCACUUGUUGAGCAAAGGACUACAAUAAAGCGUAUUCGGAUUAAACGGAAGGGAUUCGCGGCUGUAGUUCUUGAUGAGAUGAACAAGAUUGUUAUCUUUUCUUUUCCUGCUCCUCAGGCCAGGUGAAGUGUAAGGUAUCCUCCAAAGGCCGCUUUUGUCCGCGCUUUGAAUGGCAUUACUGGGGGGGGGAUCUAAAUCAGCCCAUUGUAAUCAAGAGCCAAAACCUUAUUUAUCACAAUUUUAAUCGUGAAUAGCAGGGAAGAUAAAACUGUGUGGUACUCUGAGCUUUCUUUUCCCAUGCAGGGAGAAGGAAAAAAAGAGAGCUGCUUUUAGGCUGCAGAACAAGCUCGUCUUUGAGGCUUUUAAACAACCUGAGCUGAAUGUGUGUGCGCAGUCAAGUCUGAAAAGAAAAACAAAGUACAUUUAAGGGACACGCUCAUUACAAAAAAGCAUGCUGAUCGAUCACCUGUCCUAAAGAGUGCAUGUCCUCACGUGCGCGUGCGUGUAGCAGUUGUGUGUGUGUGUGUGUGUGUGUGUGUGUGUGUGUGUGUGUGUAAUUCAUAUUAGAUCUAUAACGUAUAAUGUAGCCUAUGCUGUUUAAGCAAACUGCCCCUCCUAGGUUACACUGAGAGAUUAAUUCAUAAGGAUCAGAGCGAUUAUGCAAAACUAAUUUGGACAGUCCAGGGAUAAUUAUCUCCGUCACGGUUAAUUAAACCCUUUCACCACUAUGUUCUCUAUUGUAACACCCCGAACACUUCUCUCCACGGAACUUCCUUCUUGGCCCCGAAAAUAACGCGCAAGUGACCUUGUGUUUCAUACAGUCUGGAAACUGUACAAACAUGUGGGUUAUUUUUGACCUCAUAAUUUGUUGCUUCUUAUUUUGAUUUCAUGACUUAUUAUUAUUAAAAGUCCAAUGGUUA